CGUCUCUUACUGCGGAGACAGACGGGAUUCAAAAUCACGGUGACAGAAAGUGGACGGUGUUACCGAAACAUUCUCUUUCUACUCGUUUUUUUUAAUUUAAAUUUAUGUUUACAAAUGACUGUGUGAGUGUAUAGAAAACGAAUCGUUACCGUUUUCACAUGUAGGCCUAUUCUUCUUGAUGCGAUAAGCGGAUAUUUCAGAAUUUCCUGGACUCGGUGAAGAGAAGUACAGGCGCUCAAAAUGAAGUACAAAAACCUGAUGGCAAAGGCGUUGUACGACAACAUGCCAGAGUCCCCUGAGGAGCUGGCCUUCCGGAAGGGAGACAUCCUGACGGUCAUUGAGCAGAACACCGGCGGUCUGGAGGGCUGGUGGCUCUGCUCACUGCACGGGCGCCAGGGCAUCGCCCCCGGCAACCGCCUCAAGCUGCUGAUUGGUCCCAUGUUUGACGGACAGACGCCAGCCGCCUCCCCGCCCCAGCUGUCGGCCUACCAGGGCCAGGGGGGUGUGUCCCAGAGCCAGGGGCUGUACCAGGUGCCCCCCUCACACCCCGGCCUGGGGCAGCAGGGGCUGUACCAGGUGCCCCCCUCACACCCCGGCCUGGGGCAGCAGGGGCUGUACCAGGUGCCCCAGGGACAGGAUGUCUACCAGGUGCCCCAGAGGAGUGGCUUGGCUGUGGAUGGUGCGCCGAGCAAGGUGGUGACUCCAUCACGAGUGGGCCAGUCGUACGCCUACAGCCACGGCCAGCACAGCCACCAUGACCUCUACGACGUCCCCCACGCCAGGGCACAGGGGGUGUAUGAUGUUGGGAAGGCACAGCCAGGGCCAGGACUCUCCCAGGGGAUCUACGAUGUUCCUCCUUCCAGUCAGAUGGACCCACGGGCUCAGGGGGUUUACGACAUCCCCCCCUCUUCUCAAGGGGUGUUCUCUUCCCCCCCCUGCAGAAACGCCCCAGCAGAGUCUCAGGAGAGCAGCUAUGACUUCCCCCAGCCCCUGAAACACAGACAGGAGGGCAUCUACGACGUGCCUCCCCCCGCCCUCUCCAAACCCUGCCAGACCCUGAGCCCCCAGUCCCACUACGACCUCCCCCCCAGCGCUGACCCCACCCCACUCCACCUGCCCCUCAACAAUGACAACGAAGGCAUCUAUGACGUGCCCCCCUCGUCGCAGCCCCUGGCGGCGUGCCCCCAUAGAGACCUGUAUGACAUUCCCCGGGGGGCCCAGCCCCCCCAGCACGGCCCCCUGGCAUCCGACAGGGCCAGGGGGCCGUACGACCUCCCCGCUCAGGACGCUGGCGCGCUGGGGGAUGUGACGGACGGGGUGAACCGCCUGUCCUUCUCCAGCACGGGCAGCACACGCUCCAGCAUGUCUACCUCCUCCACCUCCACCGGCUCCUCCGAGGGCCGGCUGGCCCUGGACCUGGACACGGCGGUGCAGCGGCUGGGCCGGCUGCAGCAGGAGGUGGAGGCCUCGGUGGAGGGGCUCUUGGCUGGCUCCCCACGCUGGAGGGCGUGUCCUGGGGCGGACCGGCCCUCCGAGGUACGAGGGGCGCUGGACCGGGUACGGGGGGCGCUGGGGGACUUCCUGGUGUUCGGGCGGGGCGCUGCCGCCAACGCCACGGCCCUGUCCGACCCCAGCCUGCACGCCAAGCUGAGGAGACAGCUGGCCCGCCUGGAGGACUCCCAGCAGAUCCUGUUGAAGACCUACCAGACCCUGGAGAGCUGUGGUUGGGCCCUGCCCAGCCCCAGCCCCGGCCCCUGCACCCUCCCCCGCCACCACAAACGGAGCGACGACCUGGAGCGCUUCGUCAUGGUGUCACGGACGGUGCCGGACGACGUGAAGCAGCUGGCGUCCACGGUGGGAGCGAGCGCCGAGCUGCUGUUCAGACGGCCGGGGGACGGCUCCUGCUGCAGGGGCUCGGUCAGGGAGGCCCUGGUCCACCCCCUCACCUCCCCCCCGACAGACAACCACCACAGCUGCCACACCAAAGCCUUCCAGGGCUCCUCCAGCCUGGACAAGGGCAACAUGAACAACAGUGAGAAGUGUGUCAAGAGCUGGAUGGAGGACUACGAUUACGUUCAUCUGCAGGGAAAGGAGGACUUUGAGCGCCAGCAGAAGGUGCUCCUGGAGAAGGAGAACAUCACCCAGCAGAGCAGCAAAGUCCAGCUGGGCCCAGACCAGGUGAGCCCAGACCAGAUCAACCAGUUCAGACAGCUGGAGCAGGAGGUGAUCAAGCCUGUGGAGAACGACAUCACCCAGUGGAUCAGCCAGCAGCAGUCCACAGGCCCCUCCCCCCUGCCCUCUGACUCCUCCCCCCCAGCUUCUGACUCCUCCCCCUCCUCUGUCGGGGGCGGGGCCCACCUGUGUGGGCGUGACCGCCAGCUCCUGGCCUUCUACUCGGAGCAGUGCCAGCAGCACUUCAUCACCCUCCUCAACGCCGUCGACGCUUUCUUCGCCUGUGUCUCCGCCGGCCAGCCGCCCCGCAUCUUCGUGGCCCACAGCAAGUUCGUCAUCCUCAGCGCCCACAAACUGGUCUUCAUCGGGGACACGCUGUCCAGGCAGGCGGCCACGCCCGAGGUGGCCGACCGGGUGAUGAACUCCAGCAACGUGCUGUGUGAGCUGCUGAAGACGGUGGUUGGCGCCACCAAGACGGCAGCGCUGCUCUACCCCAACACCGCGGCCGUCCAGGACAUGGUGGACAGGGUCACCAGCCUGUCACACCACGCACGGCUCUUCAAGCAGCAGCUGCUGCAGAUGGCUGCCUUCUGAGCUCUGGGUCGUGAGGACAUCUGGAUCUGCUCCCUGGCUCUCCUGGGUCCUGCUUACUACAUCCAUGUGUAUAAUUCUAAAUAUAUAUUUUGCUCAUUGUUGUUAAUCUUAAAUAGUUCCCUUUUUUGCCGUUGUAAAUACUAUUGUUCUUUCCGUUAUGUAAAUAUUUGCUCUAUUUUUGUGUUUCUUUUAUAUGAUUAUGAAAUGAAUAUAUAGUUAUACAGUAGCUGUGGCUUUUUAGGAUAACAUGGACUUAUUUUCUUAACAUUCCUGUUUAAUAUUAAGCACCUUAUGAGUUGAGUUUUUUUCAUUUUCACCUUUGCCUUCUGCUGGACAUGACGGUAGAUAAAUGUCACCUUCUUCUUCAGGGAGUGGGGCUCUUUACAGACAAGGACUGUUCUUCCUCAGAUGACUGUGUGUGUUUAUCCAGUGUGGUGAAAACAGCACUGGAAGACUGGCGCCAGCUUGUUUGCUCUGCAGUUGACCAAGCUGAAACUUGUUAAACUCAGCAAGCGAAUGCUUGGAAGUAUACACCAUGCAGCGGCAGGUGCACCCACAAAACACAUCCCAGUCUUGUUUUGGUGGAGAGAGAAGUAGCGGUAACUGGAGGCCACAUCACUGGCACAAACACUGAAAUGUAGCGACAAGCCUGAUGUUCAAAACUUGCAUUCAGAACAAGGUGUGGUUGGAAUAAAAGGUAUGUCCAGUGGAUAGAUGGAACCAUGUUUGUGUUCUUGCAUUAUUGCCAACAAAAGUACAAGUCUUGUUUGGUUAUAUUAAUGAAUGAAUGAAUGAAUGAUAGCUACGUAUGUAACCGGUCUAAAUCAGGAUGUGGACAUGACUACUGUAUUCAGU